CAGAUUUGGCUCCAGCAGCCGCCUGCAUCGCUGGGUGCUCCGGUUGGUUGUUUCAGCUUUGAUUCCAAGCUGGGUAAUUUGGGAUUCUGCCACUUUCUGACCAAAUCACUGAAGAUUUCGUCAUGGGAGACCCUGUACCGAGCGGUCUCAACAAUCAAGAGAGGACACCUGAGAACCGGAAACGAUACAGUGAGAUAUUCCGGAGCCUGGAUGCCAUAGAAAUCUCAAUUGGAAAUGCGAUGGUUGAUAUGUUCAUUGGGGAUGCUGAUAGCACGGACAACCCAGACCUACCUGCAGAAAGAGAGGUCGUUCCGAUAGGAAAGAAAGAAAUUAUUGAUGUCCAUGACCAAAAUUUGAACGAAAGUUUCUGUAAGAGCAAAACGAGCUCGGACAAGCAAGCACAGGCAGAGCUAACAGCUCAGGAGGCAGAUGAAAUGCUGAUAAAAUGUGAAGGUGGCAUCGAUGCAGCCCUUGAAUAUGCCAAAAUGUGGUGUAAAUACGUCAAAGAGCUGCUCAGCUGGAUUGAAAAGCGCCUGAGUUACGAGACGGAGUUUGCCAAAGGGAUGAUGAAGAUCGCAGAAUCAGGACGAAAUGCCAUCUGCCAACAGCACAACAUGCCUCUUCGGGCACUCUACACAAUGGUUCUGGAACACGACAUAAAGGUUGGGAAUUCAGCUACUGAGACUGUAGCAUUGCUCCAACAAAAGGAAUUCUACCAGCCUCUGGCAGCCAAGAAGAAUGAAAUUGAGAAAUGGAGGAAAGAAUUCAAGGAUCAGUGGACAAAGGAGCAAAAGAGGAUGAAUGAAUCCUUGUCAUCCCUGCGCAAGUCUCGCCUGCAAUACAUCCAGCGCUGCGAGGAGCUGGAGAAAGCAAAGCACUUGAGUGCCAAGGCUGAGGAUGAAUACCAGAGCAUUGCCAUCACCAACCCCGGCAGUGCCAACAAGCAGCUGGAGAAGAGACGCCGGUCCUGUGAGGAGGCACAAGCCAAGGCUCAGGAAGCAGAAGCUUUGUACAAGAUGUGCAUCAAUGACGCCAACUUUCGGCGACAAGAACUGGAGAAAGUGCGAGCACGGAUCGUCUCCCAUAUUAGGAAGCUCAUUUACCAAGGGGAUGAGGUCCUGACGUGGGUCACGUUAAGGAUGUUCAAGCAACGCCAGACCCAGUCAGAACAGGUCCCAGUGGGAUACCAGUACCUGUCAGAGGUCUGCAAGCCCUACAAAGCGGGUGAGAGGUACCUGGAGUUCAUUCAGGCUCUGCAGAAGAAAGACAUCCCUAUGGAAGUGUUUGAAUUUGAGCCGUUCGCUACCGGAGGGCAGAGAUCCCCUCCAAGCAGCAAGAAGAAGAUGGCUUUGCAUUACACUGGACCAUCUUCCACAGCACAGGAUGGGAACACUCCAGAGGAGACAUCCAGAAAGCAGUUCUCCAUGAAUGGUGCAAACAAAUCCUUCUGCAGUGACACUGAAAGCCUUGGAGGGAGCUGUGAAUCCCGGUCCCUGGACUCUCCCACUUCUAGCCCAGGACACUCUGAUAGGAAAUUGUUGAAGGCUCCAUCCACUGGCACCAUGUCCUCCUCAGAUGAUUUUGAAGAGAGAGAUUCCUUGCAAACUUUUGAGACCGAAAACAGUACCUCCCAGCAACACUUUAAGAACAUCCUCCUCUCCAGUGCAGCACAGACCCACCGGCUUUGGAAGCUGCGAGGACCAUCCAAAUGCAGGGAAUGUGACACCUUCAUGGUCAGCGGUUUUGAGUGUGAGGAGUGCUGCCUGGCCUGCCACAAGAAAUGUCUUGAGAACCUGCUCAUCACCUGCGGCCACAAGAAGCUGCCGAACCGAGUACCUCUUUUUGGCAUUGACUUCACCCAGGUCCCUCGAGACUUCCCAGAGGAAGUUCCCUUCAUAGUGGUGAAAUGCACAUCGGAAAUUGAAGCCCGUGCCCUUGGAGUGCAGGGGAUCUAUCGGAUAAGUGGAUCCAAAGCCCGCGUGGAAAAGCUGUGCCAGGCUUUCGAGAAUGGAAGGAGCCUGGUGGAGCUCUCUGAGCACUCCCCGCAUGACAUCACUGGGGUCCUGAAGCAUUUCCUGAAGGAGCUUUUGGCACCGGUGAUGCUGUCCCACCUCUAUAAUGACCUCAUCGCGCUUGCCAAAGAUUUACAGAAACCUGGGGAUGAAAAGUCAGACUGUGCAGGUUUCCCUUCUGAUCCCAUCCAGAGCAUGAAGGACUUGCUGAGCAAACUGCCUGGAAGCAACUACAACACCUUGCGGCACCUUAUUGCCCACUUGUACAGGGUGGCAGAGAAAUACGAAGAGAACAAGAUGUCCCCAAACAACUUGGGCAUAAUAUUUGGGCCAACUCUGAUCCGGCCAGGCUCAGGGAGCGAUGUCUCGAUGUCCUGCCUUGUUGACUCUGGGUAUCAAGCCCAGCUGGUGGAGUUUCUCAUUCAAAACUACGAAAGGGUCUUUGGGAUGGAUGACCUCCCUUCAUCCUUAUCCCUCGGAUGUGAAAAUCCUUCGCAAGAAGCAUCACCAGAGGAAGAUGAAGGACUUCAAAGCCCAAACCCAGCCCAGACCAUAAUGCUAGAGAGUUUCUCCUCCAAGCACAGUUUAAAUGUGGAAUGCGUGUCUGAUAACUCAUCUUCCAGGGAAGCCACCAACGAGUCGCCUCUGGAGGGAGCCCACAGCCUGCUAAGAGCAGCGACUUUAGAGAAGACUACGAGCAUCAGCUCUGAGGGAGAGGACCUGGAGGACUCUGUGCAGGAACAGGCAGAUGGCGAUUCCGACACAAUCUCAAGAACCCAGCCGAGAUCCCAUUUCAGCCGACAGCCCGUAAAAUACAUUCGGAUACAGGCGAAACCAAAACCAGUCAUUCCCAGGUCUCCCAAUUUGCCCUUGAGGACUACCGCUUUAGCCAAUGUGGCAACUGAGGCUGGUGCAGAAGGCAACGCUACCGACAGCAGCUCCACGAUGAAGGAUGGCCUGGAGGAGAGCUCUCGGAGCAGGAACAGCUUGACCGACACUGGCACCCUCAGGCAGCGCGUGGGAGGGAGGCAGCAGCUCAAACAUUUUGAGAUCACUCAGGAAACUGCCAGGAUUGUCUCAAAGUUUAAAGUUGAUGAUGCUUCUGCAUCCCUUGAGCCUUCUCUGGAGAGCGCAGGAUCUGCUGAGAAAGCAGAGGACCUCAGCCCAGGGACGUAUUUAUAGAACCCCCUGGAAUGAACCAGAUAAUGGCAAUGGGAAGGGAGAUAGGACAGAAAUCCCACCCUGCUGGACAAAGGAAUAGCGGUGGAGUAAGAAUCCCAUCCCCACCAUGCAGGCUGGAGCACAGGCACCUGCUGGGAACUCCCUGCAGGCUCUGAGCUAACCCAGAAGUUGCUUUUCAUUCAUUAACAAACCCACAAGGAGGUGGAAGAAAUAAAGUCACCAGGGUAGAUACAAUUCACUUCUUGAGUUGGAGAAAUCAUGGAAUGGUUUGGGUUGGAAGGCCCAUCCAGCUCCAACCCCCAGCCAUGGGCAGGGACACCUCCCGCGGGAUCAGGUUGCUCCAAACCCCAUCAAACCCAGCUUUGCACAGCUCCAGGGAUGAGGCAGCCACGACUUUUCCAGGUGACCUUUCCUUGGUGUUUGGUAGUGGAUACGGCAUGAAAUUCAGCCGAUGGCAUAAAAUCCUCUGGAUUAGGGCAGAUUGCAGUGGUUGCCAGCAGCUGCAGAGACACUGGGAGACACAUGAAGGCGCCAGAGUUAAACGCUAAAAGAAAACCCUUUUCCCCAAUCAGCUUCAACUACCGAUGUCACAAAUAUUUUCUGUCUCGUCUAAGGAAGAGGACCAAAAGAUAAAGUUGUCGAAGAAAUGCUAAGGAUUCAAUCUUAGCCCUUGUACAGUUCAGGCUAAAGGGAAUUCACAUCUCUGGAGCAAUGUAUAAUUGUUAAUGUGGCGCUUUGAGUUCUUGAAUACUAAAUUAUCUUUUACAUCUGUAAUAAAUUACUGGGUGUUUAAUUAUGAGCUUCUCCUGUAUUUGCGGCAUGUGAAUAGGGAAGCCUUAAGUAAACACUGCCAGGCUGUUAUUAGAAGAACAAAGUGCACUCGGGUCUCUCUAAAGCAAAGGUAACCCUUGCUCACAGGAAUUAAAUGGAUUGGGAAUAGCCCUGGAGAGAAGGACCUGGGGUGCUGGGGGAGGAGAAGCUCCACAGGAGUCGGCAACAUUGUUCUCGCAGCCCAGGAAGCCAAACCAUAAUCUGAAAUGCAUCCAAAACCAUGGGAUGAGCAGGACAAGGGAAAGGAUUCUGGGUCCAGUUCUGGAGUCCUCAGCACAGGAAGGACGUGGAGCUAUUGGAGCGAGUCCAAAGGAGGCCACGGAGAUGAUCCAAGGGCAGGAGAACCUCUCGUCUGAGGACAAGCCGGGAGAGUUGGGGUUGUUCAGCCUAGAGAAGAGUACACUGCAGAGAGACCUUAGAGCAAACUACAGAGAACAAAUCAUAGGAUGGUUUGGGUUGGAAGGGACCUCAAAGCCCAUCCAGUUCCACCCCCUGCCAUGGGCAGGGACACCUCCCACUGAAUCAGGUUGCUCCAAGCCCCAUCCAACCUGGCCUUCAACACCCCCUGGGACAGGACAUCCAUGACUUCUCUGGGCAAUCUGUGUCAGGUUUGGCCCAUGCUGUUAUUUAUUAGCAAACUGGAGAAGGUAAGCGAGGAGAUUAAAACAUACCUGAUGGGUAUUCCUUAGAACAGGCCCCAGACUGAGCCCUUGCAAGAAAACGAGACUUCAGGCUAUUUACCAGCUGGAAAGGGAAUUAUUCCCAGGUGUUUCCUUUUGAACCAUUAGCACUUCUUCUUCCUUCACCUUUGGACCAGCACCCCUGGAAUACACUUCCACCUGGUGGAAGGUGGG